GUCGCCGACAAUCGACGUCCAUUCCGCGCAAAACUGCGACCAACUCUGAACCUUCCAGACCCUUUGAUCCAUCGCUCUGCCGGUACCUGAAGAAAUGUGGUCUUUGAAGUGAUACGUAAAGUUUGGAUUUUCGUUAGUUUUAAAGACUGUUGGAAUAGUUUGUGGACUUUGAGGAAAAGAUUCUUUUAUUACAUCCACUGUGAUGUAAUUAAUUUUACUGUGAUGAAAUUUAAGUGUAUCUGUGAAUUGUCUUGAAGACUUCAGCGACUGAAGUUUGCAGUAAAAUUUGAACAAGGAACAAUUUAUUUUCAAGCUCUCACUAUAAGGCCCUUCACUACUUACUCGAAAGAAAAGAGAAAAACAUAUUCCAAAGGCGUGGAUAAAUGUCUGAGCGUCCAUAAAUACUCGGAUGCAAGAAAAAUGGGUAUAUCUACGAGCAACGGGUCUGGAAUACCUGGGUAGUGUCGUUGUGAACGGGGUGUAAAGUAUCAAAGAUUCGUCGGGCAUAGAUCUUUCCGUGAACCUCGGUAACAAGAUGACGAGAUAACCUGAGGGAAGGUGAACGAACGGUUCGAGCAAGAAUCUUCGAACGUAAACUAUGAAGAUGUUCUCGAAUUUAAUAGCUGGAAUCUCUCUCGUGUAAUCAUUCUCAUAGGAACUAUAGACUUGGACCUAGAAACUGUGGACUUGGAUUACAGUCAUAGAAACUGUGGACUUCGGUGGGUUUGAAAUAAGGGAGUUAUGCUGCAACUCAAUUUGGAGAUUGCUGGUGUAGAAGUUUUGAUUGACUCCCUAUUUCAAGGGAGGUUUGCAUUUAAACACUAUGGAAUUGUAAAUGUUUAGUCAACCCUUGAUCGUGUGCUUAUAAAUAAUUCCAACUAACCAUGAAGAUAUAGCAGCUUGGACACAUCGGUCAUUCUCUUCAAAGUCACACCAUGAAGCAAUCAUAAUCAGUGAAGUACCCUAAGUGAGAUAUGAACACUACCAUAAAUUGAACCCUAACUGAACCCUGAAGCAAACCAUAUUCAAGUUCAAAGAUCUUCAAGAUGAGAUAAUAUUUUCCGUGAGAGACAUUUUGUGGUGUAAAGGGGUUGAGAUAUAAAGUUUGCAACCGUCGGCAAAAUAGAGUAUCCGGGGGGUAGCGGUAUGUACGGGGGUGGUUCGGGAAGCGGAGGGUAUGGGGUCGGUUUGGGCCCGGGGGCGGGUCCUUCGCAUUACAUACCCUCCGCAACCUCAGUGGGCUAUCAAUUGGCCCCACCACCCCCUCCACCACCGCCGCCGAGUUGUCCGUCCGCCGGAAGUCAGCUUCUGUCUUACGGGCCCAAUCUAUCGCCCCAUCACAUGCAGCAGACCCAUGCGGACGCCCAGCAAUCCAAAAGGCGAAGAUCCGACGAGGAUGAUCCUAACGGGUGUAAAUAUAGAAGGCUGGAGGACGAGAAUGUACAGGACAAAGAAAGAUUUGCGAGCAGGGAGAAUCAUUGCGAAAUCGAGCGGCGGCGGCGGAACAAGAUGACGGCCUAUAUCACCGAACUUUCGGACAUGGUACCCACGUGUUCGGCCCUUGCGAGGAAACCCGACAAAUUGACGAUACUCAGGAUGGCUGUUGCUCACAUGAGAGCCCUCAGAGGUACAGGGAACACGAGCCCGGACGGUGCCUACAAACCCUCCUUCCUCACCGACCAGGAGUUGAAGCAUCUGAUCCUGGAGGCGGCCGACGGAUUCCUGUUCGUCGUCAGCUGCGACACCGGAAGGAUCAUCUAUGUAUCCGACUCUGUGGCACCUGUUCUGAAUUACACUCAGAACGACUGGUACGGCACCAGUUUGUACUCUCAAGUCCAUCCGGACGACACUGAAAAAGUGAGGGAACAAUUGAGCGGCGCGGAGCCUCAGAACGGAGGCAGAGUGCUGGACCUCAAGACGGGGACGGUCAAAAAAGAAGGACAGUCGUCGAUGAGACUAUGUAUGGGCUCCAGAAGAGGCUUCAUCUGUCGCAUGAAGGUAGGAAAUCUGCAAACGACGGGUGACAUGGCCGCCGCUCAUGGUUUGCAUCGUAUGAAGCAGAGGAACUCUCUGGGACCACCGGCCAGAGAUGGCCAAAAUUACGCCGUGGUUCAUUGUACAGGCUAUAUCAAGAGCUGGCCCCCGAACGGUGAGUUUGGUGAUUUUGUUCCCCCAUGUGUACCAGGUGUGGGUCUAGCUGACAGAGAGGCUGCCAAUGUUCAAGUGGGACCAGAUGGUGUGGUCUCAGACGAGAAUGUCAGCACUCAUUGCUGCCUGGUUGCCAUUGGGCGAUUACAGGUCACUAGCACACCAAAUAGUAGUGAUUUAGCGGGUUCCAAUAGCAAUAAUGAAUUUAUUUCCCGUCAUUCUGCAGAAGGUAAAUUUACCUUCGUGGACCAAAGAGUGGGUGGAAUUCUAGGGUACACACCUUCGGAACUCUUAGGUCAUCCGUGCUACGAAUUCUUUCACCCAGAGGAUUUGACGCACAUGCGAGAAAGUUUCGAGCAAGUGCUGAAGAUGAAAGGACAAGUAGUCUCCGUGAUGUACAGAUUUCGAGCCAAAAAUCGCGACUGGGUGUGGUUAAGGACGUCCGCAUUUGCAUUCUUAAACCCCUUCAACGACGAAGUUGAAUACAUCGUCUGCACAAACACACACUCCAAGUCAUUCCAUCCUGGUAGCGAUGGUCAGACGGAAUGUGAAGCUGUACCUGCUUAUGGACAACCUGGUUUAGAUUAUUCCCUUCAGAGACAUCCUGCCAGGGAUCCUUUAUACUCUGGGCAUCACAUGAUGCAACACCCAGCAGCUGUCGCUACAGCUGGUCCUCAACAACCUAGGCCGUCUAGUACGCAAAACGUUUAUCAAGGAUAUGAAACGACGCAAUCACCGAUAGCUUAUGGCUCACCUGGACAGCAAAGCGCGUCCUCUUCAGUUUUAAGUAGAAUUCAAAAGCCAGCCAACACAUCUCCAACCCCCGUACAACAGGCGUGGGCGAUUGGAAGACAGCAACCGGUAACAGAAGGCUAUCAGUACAAUCAGCUGAGUCCAUCGAGGUCACCGAAUGGACCAACUUAUACUCAAUUAAGUAGCGGCGCUAGGACACCUGCUACCCAGUACCAUGCAGUCACAACAGUACCUAAUAACCCUGGCAUGUGGGGAUGGCAGAGUCAGCAGCAUCAAGCACCUCAGCAAGACGAUGGACAAUCGAAUCCCCAAGUCGCUGGACAGGCACCCCCACCCCACCCUUCUCAAGGUGGACCCGGAACGCAACCCCAAGAACUGUCAGAUAUGUUGCAGAUGCUACAAGAUCAAGGUGGUGCAUCUGGUUUUGAAGAACUAAAUAUGUUUAAUACUAAUUUCGAGUAGCGACGAGGAAAUAGUAUGCCUGAUAAACAUCUACCUUAAGAAAGCUUUAAGGUUCGAAUCAUUGGUAGAGUCCCGAGAUUGUUCCGAGUAUCGUAAGCCGCACUUUUAUUUGAGCAUUUAAUUUAAUUGUGUAGGGAUUAUUUGAAAUAACAAUGUAAGUCCCACGUGCCGGGUUCGAGUAAAAUGAUAAGGAUAAGAUUUUAUUCUAUAAAAGUUUAUCUAUAUAGUAUGUCUUACACACAAUCUCACAGUAUUCUCUCAACUCACGAUCGCUCACAAUAGCUCACAAUUGGCUCGUUACUCUCUAUACUCUUUAUAACUUUGUCACUUUGGCUCCUUAAUUUUUUCCCAAUCGCUUUCUACACUUUGACUUGUCUUCCAAAGCACUCUUUCUCUUCCUAUGUAUCCCGAUUUAAGCACAUAGGCUUCAGACAUCUCAGUUUCUUAAUUUAGUCCAAUCGCUCAAACUUAUUAUAAAUACAUUUAAGUGCAUCCAUCGUCAUUACAUUGUUUCUAAAAUGUAACUAUGACUCUGAUCAUAUCACUUUUCAUUUAUCAUUUGUUUUCAUUAGCCUGAUUUUAGAAUAUAAGACAAUUGAAAAAAAGAGAUACGCAUUGUAAAAUAAAAAUCGAAUUUCGAACUUUCCUCGCUGUUCUAAAACAUGCUGUUGUAGGGAUAAGUUAUAUUUUAAAUUGUACAUGGCGGUCAAAAACUAUAAGAUAUAGAGAGGCAUAGGAUUUCAUUGAGCUAUUGUUAAUUGAUGUAAGUAUAUGUAUAAAAUUUUUGGACGAAAAAAGAUGCGUGUAAGAUUUGUAAUUCUUCAUGAAAACGACGCUUCAGUAAGGUUUUUCAAACACAUUUAUCGGACUGCAUGUAUUUUGUACGAUUAUUACCACUUUACAUUUUUAUAGAAUUCGGACGCCUUAUCUGUGCUUACAUUAAUAAGUAAUAGGAUGUAAUUUUCUUUUUACGUAGUAGCGAAUUUUGUUUUUCAAAGGAAUGAACACUUCGAGAUGAAAAGAGAUGCAUUCUAAACGAUAAGGAAAGAAAAAUAUUUUUAAAAUUUCUCGAUCAAAUUUACAAGAAUCGCGGUAAUUUUAAUACAAACUUAUCGUUAGAUUUUUAAGGUUAGCUUAAUUAUUUUAAUUUAGGUCUUUGUAAUUAUAAAUAGUGCAAUCGUGAAAGGUCGUCAUCGAAAUGGGAAUGAAUUGUUUAAACGCAACAUGAUGUACAAAAUUAUGUGUAAUCCACUUUUUGCUUCUCUGCGCAAAGCAACACCAUUUUUAGACAUUUCUAAAAAGGAAAAAUAUAGAUAAUGUUACACAUAUGAAUAUAGUUGCAUUUAUAAGUAACCACGUGUGAUUUAAUGCAUUGUAGAUGUACAUGUCUAGCAAAUUCUUAUUAAGUAGAUCGAUGAAAAGAAAAAUAAUUGCAGCAUAUCAUGAUGAAUUGGGAACAUUUGUCACUAAUAUAUGAAAGUUUACAUUACACGUAUAAUUCUUUUUAAUCAUCCUGUGUCGAAAGUAGCUACGAUACUGACAAUAAUUAACAUAUUGAAGUCGACGAAGGCAUCAAUAUGUAUAUGCAAAUAAUUGAUUAAACUUCGAAACAUA